AUGGAGUCAGAAUCUGCUAAUCCAUCGCCACCUGUGAAAGACUCAAAUCCACAACCCACUGCAGCAGUGGAACCUAGAAAUGAUUCUGCACAAGAUUCACCAUCAAAGUUAUCUGCUUCUGGGAUAACUACAUGGGCCAAAAGUCUGAAACUUCCACAACCUUUAGGAGGCACACAAGAUGAAUCUUCUUCAUCUGAAAACACUGGAAGGUUUGCUCGUUUGACUAGUGGACUUGGGUUGCGAUUAUCCCCAAAAACUCCUCAACAAGAUGAUACUCAUACUCCUAGUCCUGAUGGAGCUCCAACUACACCUCAACCUGGCAUUUUUGGAACAAUCACCAAAGGUUUUGUAGACACAUCCAAAAAUGCAGUCAAAGCUGUCCAAGUCAAAGCUCGCCAUGUUGUAUCACAAAACAAAAGAAGAUAUCAGGAAGGGGGAUUUGAUUUAGAUAUGACUUACAUUACUGAGAAUAUUAUUGCUAUGGGAUUUCCUGCUGGUGAUAUGAGCUCAGGCUUCUUUGGAUAUGUUGAGGGAUUUUAUCGUAACCACAUGGAGGAAGUCAUUAGGUUCUUUGAAACAUAUCACAAGGAUAAGUACAAGGUAUACAAUCUUUGCUCUGAGAGGCUAUAUGAUGCAUCACUAUUUGAAGGGAAGGUUGCUAGUUUUCCAUUUGAUGACCAUAAUUGCCCUCCAAUUCAACUGAUAAUAUCAUUUUGCCAUAGUGCAUAUGCAUGGUUAAAAGAGGACAUUGAAAAUGUUGUAGUUGUCCAUUGUAAGGCUGGAAUGGCAAGAACAGGUUUAAUGAUUUCAAGUCUUCUUUUAUAUCUCAAGUUUUUCCCCACAGCUGAGGAGUCUAUAUCAUAUUACAACCAAAAAAGAUGUGUUGAUGGAAAAGGACUUGUUCUUCCAAGUCAAAUAAGGUAUGUCAAAUACUUUGAACGUGUUAUGACAUACUUUAAUGGAGAAGAUCAGCCGGGGCGCAGGUGUAUGCUUAGAGGAUUUCGCCUUCAUAGGUGUCCAUAUUGGAUUAGGCCCUCCAUUUCUAUCUCAGAUCAUAAUGGUGUUCUUUUUUCCACCAAGAAGCAUCCAAGAACCAAGGAUCUAUCGCCUGAAGAUUUUUGGUUUUCUGCUCCAAGAAAGGGUAUAAUGGUCUUUGCGCUACCCGGAGAGCCCGGAUUGACCGAAUUAUCUGGUGAUUUUAAAGUUACUUUCCAUGAUCGUCAAGGCGAUUUCUACUGCUGGCUGAACACAACAAUGAUUGAAAACAGAAAGAUUCUAACCACAAAUGACCUUGAUGGAUUUGAUAAGAGAAAGUUACCAUCUCCCGGGUUUCAAGUUGAAGUCGUGGUGGUGGACUACAACACCACCACCACCACCACCACCCAACCAAAACCCGAAACCGAAAGUACAACCAAACCAGCUGAGGGUACAACAUCAGAUCCACCACCACCAGCCGCCACCACCACAAAAGACUCCGAAAAAGAUGACGAGGUGUUUUCCGACACCGAGUCCGAUCCGAAAGUUGCAAAAUUGUCAAAUGACACGAAGAAUUUGUCGAUAGGAAAUGUGAUUCCGACUCCGACUCCGACUCCGAUUCCGGCCAGGAAGCCGGAAAGUGAUUCCGGUGUACCGGAAAAGAUGACCGGAGAGGUGAGUGAUUUCAAGGCAAUGGCGGCUGAUGCAUCUGUGUUUACAUUUGGUGAUGAUGAUGAAGAUUAUGAAAGUGAUUGAGAAUUGAAAGAGACUUGUGGAAAUGUGGUUGGUUGUAUAUAAAAUGGAAUUUGAACGUAUUUUAAUGUUUUUUUUUUAAUAACUUUUAUUUCAUUUAUUCUGAAGUUUCGUUCAUACCCAGGUUACAAAACUCGAUGAAAGUUAUAUGGG